AUGGCUCACCUCGGUACAAUUGAGACGCUUUUAUUAGCUGCGGAGUGGCACCCUCGCUGCGUCCAUCUUCCCAUUGAAACUGACUACUGGCAGCCAGAGAUGGCUCUCUCUGAUGACGAACAGGCAACGUCUCGUAGCAAAGUGCCAAACAAAUGGCUUCGGGAGGUGGAGGAAGCCGCUCACAGAUCAGAUCGCAUGUCUUGGAUGCUCCUUGGAAAUGCAUUGUCUCUGAGUCACGAACUCGACAUCUUCGCCGAUGAAGAUGACGCCCCAGCAGAUGUGCUUGACUCGGCGUCUGAACUGUCAUUCCCGGAUUUCCUUCGUCUCCGGCGCCAUCGAGUAGGCAAACUUAUGUUUGUAUACAUAAGCCAACUCGCUUCGCGAAUUGGCUGCUCUUUGCCGAGAACGCCGUUUCACGAUAGUAUUCUGUCCUCAUUAGAAACCCCCAAAUCUAAGCUGGACAAUGAGUGGCAUGAGUACAUGACUUCAUGGAUAGAACUCAGCCGACUAAUAAGGACGUCAUCCGACUUUCUCUUUCCCUCGAAGAAGGUGACUCAGGAGCUCGUACGAAGCGGUCGGUAUGCAGCUUUCCUGGGACAUUUUCGCCCACUACUGUCUCAAUGGUGGGAUAAGUUCAAGAAGCAUACAAACAACGCCACUUGCUGGCAACUCAUACUGGUUGAUUAUCACUUUGUGCGUGUCUACAUCAACUCCGUGGCAUUGCAAGCCGUUGCGGGACGACUGUCUCAAGAUGACGGGCGAAUAAGAAACCCACAGUCUAUGGAUAACCAAGAUUCCGACUUUGUGCGUGAAGUCAUCGAUGGAAGCAGCAGAAUCCUAGAGAUGGUGAUUGACCUAUCUCGGGAGGGCAACUUGAAAUAUCUACCUGUUCGCAUAUUCAUUAGGGUCGCCUCUGCCUCUAUGUAUUUGAUCAAUGUUUGUUACACCCUCAAUCAUGCGGCCCUGGCGCUGGGUGUUCGUGGUAACGAGUUGGACCGCCUGUUAGGUUUGUUAGAUCGUACAGUUGAAGCGUUAUGCCUAAACGCCGUCGACGAUGUGCAUCUCGGCUUUCGAUAUACUGUAUUAUUGAAAGAAAACACAAAGGGCCUGCGGGAACGGUUUAUCCGUGUCAAUCCCCCGCCUAUGGAGGCGUCAUUCUCCUUUGACGAUGCAGAUGCAUUUCUCGGCAACCCCACAGGUAUCUUUGCGCCACCACACGACACAGAGGAUGCCCAACCAAAUGUUGAAACAGAGGUAUCAGAUCACGAAGCCGAUACAGGACUGAAUUUUUCAAUGUCUACUCCAUUAUCUGGACAGGGAAUGGUGAGCGAAACCUCUAUGCCUGGCCAAUUCCCAGCGGCAGGUGACUAUUCCCGGGAUGAGUGGUUUGCGUUGCCAUUUACUUCCGAAACCGAGCUUGGAAAGCCCUUUAUGUCAUACUUUUUUGGCAUUGAGCCUGGAGAUGAAAGGUACUUUUGGGACGCCGCUUAA